UAUCUCAGCAUGGUUGGCAUGGUCGCCCAAGAUGGCGCCACUUUCGUGGCCGGAAAUGUAUUUCGCUUGUUUUUGGGGUACGAUCUGAAGGAGGGGUGCAGUGCUGUCAAGGAUUAGCAAAAGUGAUGGACCGCGGUGAGCGUGAUUGCGUUGGACCAAGCCUGCGAGGGCCAUCUGCAGUACUCUCUUAUGCAGCUUCGAACCUGGUGGCCCGGCUCUGCUGAACCAUGCCUCGCCCUCAGUCACUCAAGUCUGAAUGCAGCACCAUGACAGCUUGUUCAUCACGGCGCACGCGAAGCAGCUCGGGAGACGGCGCCUACAGCUCGACGAGCGAGGCUGAGCUCGACUCGGACCACGAGCUUGACCUAGAUGCUGAGGUGGACCCGCAGAAGUUGCUGGGGGCCUGGCUUGGAGAACUUGACGCUAUCCACCAGGAUCUGAAUGGGCUGACCAGUUUUCCAGCUGGCAUGGCGACUGACCCAGCUUUGAUGUCCACACCAAGGCUCGAUGGCUACCGCUUUUCCAUGGUCAACUUGGAAGAGAAGCCAGGAUGUGGAGCUCGAUGCCAUCCUAGGUGAGCUGUGUGCCCUGGAGACACAGUUUGAGCGUGAGAUCAAGGCCACUGCAGCGCCUCCUCCAUCGUGCACUCCCACCGCUAGCCAACGUUCAUCCACUGGCUGCUGCCGAACCAAGCUGGACUACCAGGACGGGACCGUGUCUACAAAUGGAGGGGUCGUUGCUCGGACAGACAGCCCCGACAAUGACUCGGCGUUCUCGGACAAUGUGUCCAUGCUCUCCUCCGAGUCCUCGGCCUCGUCCGGCGGUGGAAAUAAUGCCCCUCGCACGGAACCAAAGCCCAACUCUGGCCUGGCAUCAUCACCUUGUCAGCUCUUGGAGGCCAUCAAUGUCAAGCUGCGGUCUAUUCAGGCUGGUAUUGAGUUGGAUACUCCACCUCCAGCUGAGCAAGCUGCGCGUCUCAAGGCUGAAAAGAUUAGGAUAGCUUUGGAGAAAAUGAAGGAGGCCAGCGUGCAGAAGCUGUUCAUCAAGGCAUUCAGCGCCGACAACAGCGCCAAGAGUCUGCUGGUGGAUGAGCGCAUGAGCAUCGUUCACGUGACGCGCCUGCUUGCUGACAAGAACCACGUCCCCAUGGAUCCCAAGUGGGCGAUCCUGGAGAGCAUCCCACAGCUCUACAUGGAACGUGUCUAUGAGGACCACGAGAAUCUGGUGGAGAAUCUCCUGCUCUGGACUCGGGACUCAUCUAACCGGAUCCUAUUCGUGGAACGGGAAGAAAAGUACGACCUCUUCGUGAGGCCAGAGAACUACCUGCUGGGUGGAAGUUCUUCAGAACAUGGGGCCGAGCUGGAUGACGAUGCCAAGUUGUCAUUGAUUGACGAAUUCUUUGGCAGCUCACGAGUGCCCGAAGUGGAGGGACUCCUCUACCUGAAAAGUGACGGCAAGAAAGUCUGGAAGAAACACUUCUGCCUCCUGCGUGCAUCGGGGCUGUACUAUUGCCCCAAGGGCAAAUCGAAGUUGCCCAAAGAUUUGGUUUGCCUUACAACUUUCGAGAUGAACAACAUAUAUGUGGGCUUCGGAUGGAAAAAAAAGUACAAGGCACCUACAGAUUAUGGCUUUGCUAUCAAGCACCCCCAAAUUCAAACAAAAUCGUCCAAGUACAUCAAGUACCUUUGUGCUGAGGACAAGCUGACCUUGCAGCGCUGGGUGACAGGAUGCAGAAUUGCCAAGUAUGGCCGGAUAAUUAAAGAGAACUAUGACAACCUGAUGCGUGACAUUGUGGAGGAAGACUUGGAGACCCUGGCUCAUGCCCGUAGCUUUUCCAUCAAUUCUAUGGCCAGGGCGGCUGUGAGCCCAGACAGUGGAUCACCAGAGCUGGCCAGUCCGUCAUCCUCCGAGCGCAGAGGCAGUGCGGACUCAGGCUUGACCAUCACGGCGAGUUCUGCCCAGCAGGAAUCGUGUAGCGGAGUGUCCCUCGAGCUCACUGCCACGCCAACGGAGCAGCAGCAAAUUGCCUUUUUCGAUGCCGAUGCACCCGUUGGAACCAUCAAGAGAAAGCCGUCUAUGACACCCAAGAUCCCCCUGACAAACACCACUCGCACGCUUGCUAAGCAGUCGUCCGUUGAUCUACCCGACAAUGCCGGAAUUUACGACACAAGGAAGAGCCUCACGGGUAGUUUGGGCAGAGUAUCGGGAGGCCGAAUGAGCCUGCGCCGGUCGCAGACUGAUGAGCGCAUUUGCGCCUCGGCCACACUGUCGAGGAAGACCAGUCUACCUAGCAAUGCUCGGCCUCCAUCAUGUAGUCCCGAGCGGCAUGUUGCCGUGCAACCGGCACCCGAACAUGCUGCCCAACAUUGGGCCAACGAUUUGGCAGGCAGCACGCUGAGCCUCGAGUCAUUCCCUCCUCCACCGCCACCUUUGCAGCUUGGCGAUGUUCUGAGCUGGCCCAGCACGUCAAGUUUGAACUCACUGCCACCGCCCCCUUCUGAACUAGCUACGCCUACAAACAGCCCCGAUAGCGUUACACCCACGCACAGCCCACCGGCCCCGAUCUAUGCAGACCCCAUCUGUUCUGUGGCCCGCAGUGAAGAGAGGCCAUCUUUGCAGCAAGUGGUGGUGCGGCAAAAGCCGCCCCCACCUAAACGCAGCGAAAGCACCAGACUCUCAUCAUCUGCGUGGCGAUCGUCGCCGGCUGGUCCGGUCACCUGCAGCAAGCCACCGGAUGUGUUCUUGCGGGACUUGCAGCGGGUCAUGGAGAAGAAGUGGAAAGUGGCGCAGCAGCUGUCCUCUGAACCAACUGCGACUCCGCAUGAAAUUCUGGGUUUCCGCGACCCCUGCUGCCUCCCCCCACCCGGUCGGAAGUGUGCCGACGAUGGUACGUUUAGGCGCAAAAUUCCGCCCCCGCCACCGCCAAAGCGCAGUGAUGCUACGCAGCUAACUAGAAAGGUGUGUUAGGCCUCACCUGGCUGCUCUUGGUGUCGACAAAAUAUCAUGCGUUGUGCUGCAUAUGGAGUGUUUUCAGGGCAGCAGCAUUUCUCAGUUUUACAAAAUAUCAUUGCCUGGUUACACAGACUCGUCUAAAGCUGGCUUUGACGGGACACUUUAUUGUGCUACCAGCUGUGUGUACGAUUUCUCUGCUGCUGAAAAGUCAAGUUUGGUGUUUUUAGCAAUUUUGUGUUUAUGAAUGUUGAACUUGUUUAGGACCUGUAAAGCUGUCGCAAUAACCAUCAUUCUGUGACCUUAUACCAGAUGGUAAACAUUGCAAAGAAAAGCACAUACUAUGUCAAAAAAAGGUAUUCUAGUUCUAGCGUGUUUUUCUUUGUAUAUAACAAUAAUUACCUAUUGCACAGAGGACAGUUGUUAGCCUUCAUUUCGGCAGCAAGUCUCUUAAUGCUGAACUUUGAUUUACCGUAUAUACUCGCAUAAUGAUCACACUUUUUUUUUGCCAAAAAAAGUUACUCCGACUUCGGGAUGCAAUCAUUACGCGGUGUAAAUUUUCUGUGAAAAAAUAUUCCGAGCACCGAAAACGCAAAAAGGAUCGCUAAUCAGAAUUGUUACGAUAGCUAUCAUGAACAUAACCAAAAAUAAAUGUAAAUUAAAGCUUACCUUUGUAAUAAAAUGCACACAUUACGCAGGAGCUACAUGCAUGGCACACUGCCCUUUUAAUUUUUACCUCUCUGACCCGCUAACGUUCAUUCAGACUCUGAAGCGUCAGCGUCGUCGCCGCAUGAUUCCCUGUCGGAACCGGCAGUGUCUUCACUAUCUCACAGAGAGUCAUCUUCCGUUCCGUCGAGCCCGUUGGAAAUGCCAGUCUUUUUGAAGCUCUUGACGACCACCUUGUCGACAUUGCUCUAGCGCGUAGUCAAGCGUCUUCAGCUUGAACGCGGCAGUAAAGCUCGCAUACCGCCCCAUGGUGAAACGGCGCGACGAUCACAAAGCACACACACACACAAAAACAAAUGUGGUCUCAGGAAAAAAAAACAUUGCUGCAGGAAUGAACACAGGUCGACCAACAGGCGGCCGCCGCUCUAAUAGUGCGUGAUGUCAAAACAAACAUGGCGGCUGACAGAGCGAAGCGACCGCAUUUUUUUUUCUCCUUUUCGUCAGUUAUGGAGGUUGUGAGUACGUCACGCGCGUCGAAACAGUUUUUUUUAUCUAAAUAAGGCAUGCUUUUAUUUAAAUAAGUAAAUUUAUGGCAUUAGCAUGGUGAUGCUUGCUUUCAGAUCGCAGAAACAAUAAUGGGCACGUUCAGCUGCCACAGACAUGAAAACACAUGGCGGGCAUUCGCUGAAAAGGCGGCAUUUGCCCUUACUGCAAUCCUAAAUGGCUCGUUUCUGUCAACGGUGGGCAAAAAUUGAGAAUAUGUUUGGUGUGUGCAGUUGGCGAGUUUUGAAGAGUUAUUAACGCAACAUUUGACAGAUAAUAAAGGCGAUGAGCAUCGGCUAGACAUGGCACAGUACAUAUCGAUGUGGCAAGUUCGAGGUGCUAUCAUUAGGCGAGGGAAAAAAAAAAUCGAAUUUAGACGACAAAAUUUAGGGGUGCGAUCAUUACGCGAGUAAAUACGGUAAUGGAAAGAUGUCAGACGGGGUUGUCGCAUAGCACAAGAGGCACUGACUUGCAAUUUGAAUUGCUAUCUGAUGUUGCAGUGAUUUUGCAUUUGCUAAGCACAUCUAUAUGAAACCUGAUAAAACAUGAUGUGAUGUUUAGGGCUUACAUGUGAAAUGAAUAUGGUGGCCACAAAAAGUUGUGAACAAAGAAGCUGUGUUGUCGUGUACUGAUACUCACUCGAUGUUCUCAUCUGUAGCUUGCUGUAAUGAACAGAACUUUUCUCUUUAAUGUUUCUUAGUGUGAACUGAAUUGCCAGAAGAAAGAAAGAAUUUCAUGCCUGAGCAAGGCAUCCUGCUAUUUAAAACUUAAUAAUGAGAAGCUGCAGAGAAAGAAAAAAAAAGUUGUCUCAAAUUUCUUUAUGCUUAGCCAGCAGUUAUUUACACAAUGACCAAAUGUGCGCUGCAGUGUGCAAAACUAGGCAUGCAACUUUCCAAGAGCCAUAGUGUAAAGUAGGCCUGCUUGCCAGGAAGUUCUUGUGUGUGCUGUUGCAUUGUUCCAGACUGAGCCAACCAUCAGUUUGCUUUGAAGCCAGCAUUGGUUCUAAAACCACAGCUUAGUUGGUUAAUGCCUACAUCUUAGAUUAAAAAGCAACCUCUAAGUCUAUCAAAAUGAUAGCACAUAAUGCAUUCCUGCUAAGUGAUUAAGGAACUGCACUUCAAUUUAUUCAAGCCAAAAAACACUUGGUUGAAACGACAAUCGGUGAUAUGUGUCGAGGUCAUGUAUUAUUGCCAUCGACCUUGUAGGCAGACCUUGGUAUUUUGCUUGAAAAUGGCCAUUUCAAAAUGGGGUGAUUGACACACUGGGGAUGAACAACAGGAACACAGUAAUCACUGAUAAACCCAUCAGUAAACUGCGUGACUUUCGUAAAAGUAUUCUCUUGAGCAGCCUCUCACCAGGCCCCAUUUUUUAUCAUCACUUUAAAUUGUUACUGGUCAUCUGGGGGGCUUUUUACAGAAGGGAUUCUUCCAGUAGGUUCAGCCCUUUAAAAGAACUGCACUUUCGCGUGAGGCAAUCUUCACUGCAGGCAUUUAUGCUAGCAAGGUGCCUGGUUUCUUUGCCUUUGCUUCUCGCUGUUUCGCUUUUCACCGCAAAGUGUUGUGCACUCUGCAUUGGAUGAAAAGCAAAGUCACUUGUCAUGGUGAAUGACAUUCCACAGCCAGUCUGUUCUACAGGCAUCUGUGCAUUUCCUUUCUUUUUCUCUCAAAGUGCGAAAUUGGAAUCGUUAAGGUGACUCGUUUUCUGGGCUAGCCAUUGUUGUGGAACAAACAGAUUAUCUCCUUUUACAUAACGCCAAGCUCGCCAGCUGAAGAAAUAGCUCUCAUCAAGACAAAGAAUCCAAAUAUAAUGCAAUUACAGUACACAGAAGAUAAUACAUACACGUACCUCGAAUGCAAUUUUGCCAUCAUUGUACUCGCAUGAAGGGAACCGAAUUGUAAGUUGUCGUAACCACAAGUGGUGGUGGAUCUGCUGCUGUCGUCACCAUGCAGGCACAGUGCCACCUCUCACUCGGCUGUGUUUAGGCUUAAGCUGAUCCGCCGGACACAUGUGCGCCAUGGAAGCAAAAACGACUGUACAUGGGGUAAUAGCUUCCCUGAACUGAACCAGUGAAACGAUCUGACAUUUUAGCCAGGAAAAGUGCAGAUGACAUUAUUAGUUAUUCUUUUUUUUUUUUAGCUGUAAUGUAAUGAUUAGGGCAUAAAUAAAAAGAAAUAAAGCUGACGAAACAAAAACAACUUUCGGUUCGGUGGGAUUCGCACCCACAACUUUCGAAUUAUGUGUGCAAUGUUCUACCAAAUUGUGCAGUGAUGGAGAUAGCUUCUUCGUCCACUUUUCCAGCUAUUUAUGUGCAUUUUGUUCUCUGGGAGCAUAGCCGUGCAAGCCUGCAGACUUGAGAUACGUGCAAUAAAAAUACUGUUGGCAGGUAACAAGUUGCAGCCUCUGACCAAAGCACAAAAGAAUGCAGAGGUGUGUUGAACUUGUACGAGCUCCUUGAUCGUACUGAACCUUGCAAGAUUUUUAUGUCAAAAUAUCAUCAAUGAUGAAUGGGUGCAGUUGUCGGCAGCUUUCUCUCAGUCAUAUUCAUUGUGCCAUCUGUAUAAAUAUGGAGUCCAAUAGCAGUGUCAUUAGAUUCUGCUGCUCGAACUUUACAUCAGUGUUUUUCCAGUCAAUGCAGCAAUUAUUUUAGUGUUUGACUAGGGGACUUUAUGUUUUUUUGAUGGAUUCUGAUUACUCUUCAUCUAAACUUGCUUGUUUUGUAUAGAUUAAAAAGAAACAUUGGGUAAAUCCUCCUUUAUCUUUCAUAUGCUGGUUUGUUUGUUAUAAUGCAAGCACGCUAUUUGAGCAAAAGUUUCCUGGUCAAAGGACGAAACAGACACAAACAGGUGCGAAUUUCUGACUGAAUUUAUUAUCAAGGUGAGACAUAUACAUGUGCAUGUGACAGAACUAAAAUACUAAUGGCACCGGUGUGCAGUGUGCCAGCACGCAUCAGCUAAUCACUCCAUCAAGUAUAGUGCCCCUUCAAGAAGGCUAUUUCCUUCUCUGUCAACGAAACUGAGGUCAUACUCAAGCAACUGUUGCCCUCAAGUUGUGCUUGAGCUGCCUCCAAGUUCUCAUGAUAGCGCUAAUCCGCGUCAUGGAAAACAGCAGUGCACUGAUCAUACAAUAGUUUGCACCCACACUCGUGGCAAUGCAUAGCCAAAUUACUAUCACUUCCUUUUUCCACCCUGUUUGCAUGUUCACGCAGGCAGUGGUUCAAACAUUGACCUGUUUGCCCAAUGUAAGGUUAUCCACCCAAAAGCGGACUUUUAUAGGACCUCGCUUCGUCCAGUCAUGUGUACUUUUUCCAGUGCUUUACAUUGCAUUUUUUUUUUCUUGGGUAUAACUGAACUUGUAGCGAUGAAGAGCUUGGCUUCUGGAUGCUUAUAUAACUUGUACGCCGACUUUUGCACUAAUCUUUGUAAGACUGUGUGCGAUGCCGUGCAGGUAGGAGACCACCACCAACUUUCUAGGGUGCGUGGUCUCCCCAAUUGUUCCCCUGAUUAUCCUCUUCACACGAAGAAGCUACGGCCUUAUUUUUUGUUUUUGGACUUUGCUGAACUGGAUUGCACUUAGUUUAUGAGAGAGAGAGAGAGCUAUUGUUUGUGUGAUGAAUACUUGUGCUUUUGUAUAUUAAUGCAUACAAUGUCUUUAAGGUUGAAGUUGUAGCCAACCCCUUGGAGAACCUUGAAUUCAGCACGCUGUUGCAUGCUUUUACUUUCACUUAUAAAUUCGACCGGUUGGAACAAUGCUAAUUCGGCAAACAUUUCUGAAAAUUUUAGACGGAAAAGUUGAGGGUGUGCGUUUGGGCGGGUUGAUUUAUGAUUACGGAUCAGAAAGAAAACAGGCCAUGGUGCAAGUCUGCGCACUGUUUAAGGCAUAUUUAAUUUUUGCAAUACUAGCCAGUUACUUGUUUUCAAGAGUAUUGGCUCUUCAUAGCUUAAUAUAAUGCUCUCGCUUGUUUCUUAUAGCCCAGGCUUAUGGGUAGUUGAAUGAUUAUGAUAGUAUGUUUAAAAGUUCUUCUUUUUUUGUUCAGCCAGUAUUAUUAGGCAUUUCUAUUAACAGGCUUUUUUCUUUCUUUUUUUAAUAGCAUUUCACUUAUAUCUAUUGUGUGACAUUCAGUGUGCUAGCAGCACCUGUGUCUGGUUAUAGCAUGCUUAUUUUUCUUUUUACAAUAUUUUUCACGCUGCUUUUGCAUAGUAAAAUGCAGUACAGUCUGUCUUGCUGAUUUUUUGUGUGCAUUUAUUUAGUUUUGUAAUCAUCCUAUAUCCAGUGUCAGUUUGUGAACUGAUAUUGGGUGGUAACGAUGUGUUGACAAAACAUCAUUUUUAUAAGUGUGUCAUUUUAGUCACUUAUUAACUGUGAAUUAUCAAAGGUGUAGUACAGUUGCACCAGUGUUCAAAUGUCUGCGUAAUUUUAAAGUGUCAGGUGAAAUUCAUAGGGAUGCUAUUCCAAGACGUGUAUCUUGCCUUCAGUUUGGCCCAUUAAGCACAUGUUUUGAGGGCUGGCAGCGUUCUAUCCCCAAUAGACUGCACAGACCCUAGCAGUGUAAUGAUUUAGCAUUUUUUUUUUGUAUAAGAGUAUUAUAAACAGUGACUCACAUUGGAGAAAAUAGGCAAUUCGCCAUGUUGGGAAAUGAUGUUGAGCUUUAGGUACAGUUGAAAGGAAAGCAUCUGUCAAACUGGGAGCAAACUCAUGGUGCCUUGACAGUGUAGGAAUGUUAUGCCAACUAUUCGUGGAUAGAAGGACCCGUCUGUUGAAUGAUGGGAAAAGCAUGUAUAUAACUAUAGAGUACUGAGGUUAAGCGACGGUUGGUAUAAAUGGCAAAAUGGGAUCAUGUUGAGCACUUUGAGAACCUUUCACUGUACAAGGAAAACAUCAUUCGUUCACCACUGAACAUCCCUUCUCUCACCGUAUGUGAAUGUAGCCCAUAGAAAAGGGGUCAUCCAUUUGUGACUGCUUUUCCAGACCCCUUGAGCACUGAUGGCCCUGCUGAUGCGAGGGAAAAACCCCUUGUUUUUUAAAGCUUUUUACAGAAAUGCUUGAUGCAGAUUGCCCAAGAUUGGUUGUAAAACUUGGUUGUCAAUUAAUAAAUCCUGUUGAUCGUGUUGAUAUUAAUGAGCACCAGCUUAUAAAACAUGCGCAAUUUCAUUAUAAGGUUGUUGUUGCGAGCACUGUCUCAUUAGACGCUUGUGGACGAUUCAUAUACCCUCGUGCUUUGUUCUUACGAGUUAGUACUUCACAAUGAGGUGACAGACUGCACAAAAACCACUUCACUCCCUGGAGAGCAUUUCAUCGAAGUUAAGCGAAAUCGAACCCAAAAGAGUUAGUUGCUAGCCUUACUUCUUAUAACAUGGUAACUUAUUGCUAUCUCAGCCAUUGCUUUCCCCUUGCAGUGAAACAUUAUUUUUCUUGUACUGCAACUCAAACACUUGUUAAAAAUUUAAGGUGAAGACUGUAUGCAAAGGAUUUCAUUAUAGCCUCAGUAAUUUUCAUUAUGAUCACUCAGACACUUUUAAAUGAAAGUUACACCUAGGUCCAACUACUUUCAAUGGAGUGAUCUUGAGAAGAAAGAACACUAUUUCAUGUUUCGAAACAUGUGCAAGAUGCUAAGAACAAAGACCAGUGACUGCGCUACAAAAGCACUUCUGUUGGGAACACUUGCAUUCACAACUUAUAAAAAUGUUAAAAUAGGAAUAUUUAGUUUUAAAAAAUUAAGAAAUGCACUGAAAUUAUGAAGGAAAGCAAUGUGUAAUGAGCCCGUUGGGAGGCGUGGUUCUCGAUGCCAGUUUUCAGUGAAUGCAGGCACUGACUCGUGCUCACCUCAGCCUGGUAUUGCUUGUUGUUCUUAGUCUCAAAAUCUUUAAGAAAUUAGUUUUUCACAAGAUUUACUCCAUCAAGCCCUCUCUAAGAGCGUACUGCUUUUAUUAAAGUGGCACUUCCACCGCAUUUUCGUGUGUCCUGUGUCUGCGUGUAGUCCGCACGACGCGCUCGAGUUUGACAACACGUACACACAUCGUACUACAGCGUACGCCUUCAAUAUGGCGUUCUUUUAGGCUUCGCAGGACAUCAACAGUGUCUUAGUGCAAACGAAGCAUUGCCUAUUUCAAUUCUCGAAGAGUCUAUCCCGCAGAACGGUGUUUAGGGCAACUUAGGCCACAGCACGUCAGUAUCAAGUGGUGAAGGUUUAAAAGGAGUCAUUACCUGCUGUGAAACACAGCACAGUUUGUCCUUUAAUCACGCGUGUGCACGUGCAGUUGCCUGUAUGGGUAUGGUUUCCAGCAUGCAAAUAUUUACUGGCAAACAUUCAGAGCAGUCUCUGACAUUGCCGAGGUACAAUAAGCAGGAAUGUCUUUAAGUUCCCUUUUCCAUUGCAACCUCCAGGUCUACGAAUCUCUCAUUCUCAAAGUCCUCAGAGCAGUAGGUUAUCAUUCCAUAGGAAAGCAAAUAGUCCUUGUCGGUGCAGGUGCACAAUUCCAAUUAGAUUACCUAUACAGCAUUUUUUUAAGCAAUUUGUUUCUAAUUUUCAAGGUAUUGGGUUUCUAUUGAUUAUUGGUUGCUGCCAAGUGUUUCGAGGCUGUUUAGUUCGCUCGGGCUCAGCAUGAAUAAAUCAUCCGGAAGUACAGUGUGUUUCUUAUGCCCUCAUGUUUAGUUAUUGAAUAUUUUUCUGUUUUUUUUUAUAAGUGUACUCUACUACUUAAGACUUUCAUGACUGCAUAUAUGUAUCAGUAGGCUCAACAGAAGCGAGCUGAUGUUUUGCCAAACCAGUUAAUUUUAAUGAAAGUUAUAGAAGAAAUGCUGUAACACUGUGUGUUGGGUUCAUACAGCAUUUCUGCAUAAAUAUAAAAUGCAGAUUGUAUGUUUUUCCUAGCUUGUGCCAAAUCUUAAUGAUGCGUCCAGUGUAUACAGAGCAGACAUUUUUUUUUCUUUUUUAUCAAAGUGGUAGUAUGCAUUGGUAUAUCAGGUAGAAUGUUCAAGCAUAAGUGCACAGUUAUAGAUGGGCAACACAUUUCUCGUGCCAGUUGUAACAGCACUUAUUCUAAAUUUGCACUUUCCCAUCUUGUCAAUGCUUGAUUGCUGGAAGCAUGGUGUGUAUCACCUUCAUAUUGCAACACUUGUGAUCCAUUCAAUCAGCUUUACAAUAAUACGUGCAUGACAGUGUCACUAAGUACCAAUGAUACAUGUGCAUUUUUGGACCACCAAGUGAGUGGAAAUAGGAAUACAUUUGCCUAAUAAUUUUAGGCAUCGGAGCAGCAUGAUUAAAUGGAGCACUUGAGGAGCGAUAUUUGAAAGCAGACUGAUACAAGCAAAGCGUAGACCUCACAAGUUGUGCUAAAUGGAAACUUUCCUGUUUCAGUAAUGUAUAACAGGCAGUGAAGAGCACAUUGUACGAUUUAAGCUGUUGAAAAUGCGUGCUAUUUUUAUAGUUUUGUACUGGUCAAGUUAUUUAUGAAAUAAGUGCUUGCAUUGAAAAUUUGUUACAAGUUAUGCAAUGUACGUUAAAAGGCUUUAUUUAAUCUGCUUUUAUGUUUGUAUGUGGCACUGUGGCAUUUCACAAUGUCACCUCCCGAGUAGUGGGAACAGCAUGGUGUAUGCCAGUGCAUUGGCAAAUAGUUUAGUUUAUUUUGUGUUUGAACAAUAAAGCCAGUGAUGUUGAUUCUCC